AUGUCUGAACCAGAUCAAGUUGCUAGCUGCACUUACAUAUGGGCCAUCGCUUGCAUCUUGUUCAUAUGCGUCCUCGCCGGUGGCGGUUGCCUUUUGUGUUAUAUUUUCGUCCCCGAAUUUCAAUCCUCAAAAUUGCUCCCUGUCCUUGGUUUUAUCUUCAUUAGCACGCCUUGGGUAUUUUGGAUCCUAACCGCAGUGUACAGGUUGAUGUCGAGGGCAUUCGGGUUCAGGAUGGUAUUUGGUUGCUUGUAUGGUAAUAACACCGCGAAAGUUGCUAGCGUCGGCGACGGCGAUACAGCUAAAGACGUUAACGAUAUCGGAGAUGCAAAGAUUGUGGAUGUGAAUGUGAAAUCUCUCGAGAAUGAAGCUGAUAGUGUUGGCCAAGAAAAAGAAAACAAUGAUAAGAAUGAAAAGGCAUUGGCCUCAUCCAUCGCAGCAUGAUGUAAAAAAUAUUUGGUGAACCAUUUGCUAAAUUUAAUUCCAAAAAGGUUGGGUCUCUCAAGUCAUUGAUGAUAACUUUUC